AUGUCUGAGGAGACCCUAAAUCAAGUUAAUAAUGCACUUCAGGCUCUUUACUCCAACGUUGACAGCUCCGUGAAGAAGGAGGCGAGUGAUUUUCUCCAGAACUUCCAGCGGUCCCAGGAAGCAUGGUCUAUUGUUUUUCCAGUGCUACAAAACGACGACCCGAGCGCCUUGCAAUUAAGAAUAUUUGCGGCACAGACUCUGCGAUCCAAAGUGAACUACGAUUUGUCUCAGGUGCCCAGAGAAUCCCUCCCCUCGCUGAAAGAAUCCAUCUUACAAUCCAUCAUUGCAUUCGAUACCAAGCAGAAGUUGAUCUCCACCCAGCUUUGCAUUGCCCUGGCCAACUUUUCUCUCCAGUAUCUUGAUUGGAAGAACGCAGUCACGGAGAUUGUCAAUGCUCUCUCAGCAACUGCAGUAUCGUCCUUGCUAGAGUUUUUACAGGUUUUACCUGAAGAGUUGUCAGAUGUCAAGAAGACUCCUCUAACAGACGAAGAAUUCCGGGUAAGGUCUCAGGAAUUACUAACUGACAAUGUCGAGCAAGUGCUGUACAUUCUCACUUCGUUUGCCGGAUCGAAGGAUUCUAACGGAGGUUCUGCAAAUUCGCUCGUGUUAAGUUGUUUGAACUCGUGGAUCAAGGAGGUUCCUCUGGACCAGGUGUUGACGAAUAAUGCUUUAUGUUCGUUGGUUUUUCAAGGAGUCCUCGAUGUGGACACUUUUGAGAUGUCUAUAGAUUGUCUAUGUACCUUGAUCCAAGAAACCAGAGACUACGACAAUCUGGUUGUGAUCAAGGCAUUGUACGAACAACUAAUGACCCUCAGGCCUAUGAUAACUGAAGAUGAUCCCGAACAGCUAGAGGCUUUCACAAGACUGUUUGUCGAGGCUGGAGAGGCAUGGCACGUUUACGUAGCGAAGAUGCCGGAAGAAUUUGCUCCUCUCGCCGAUGUUUUGCUGCAAUUGACGUCUUUCGACGAGGAUCUCGACAUUGUCAAAUACACAUUCUACUUUUGGUAUGCAUUGAAACAACUGAUUGUGAUGGAAAAAUUUGCUCAUUCGAGACAAGUUUAUGUGCCAGUGUACACAAAGUUGUUGGAAGUCAUGAUUUCUCAUCUUCGCUACCCUGUCGUCGAGGGAAACGAGUCCACAGAUUCGUCGGUACUCUUUGGAGACAGGGAGCGCGAGGACAAAUUCAAAGACUUCAGAUACGAAAUGGGUGAUGUGCUUAAAGACUGUUGUGCGGUGAUAGGUACUGACACAGCUUUGGGUAUCCCAUUGAAUAUUUUGGUGUCUUAUGUUGAGUCGAAAUCCCGCGGUGUGAUCGUACCUUGGCAGCAGGCUGAGGCUGCCAUUUUUAGUUUGAGAGCGAUGGCUAAAGAGGUGGGCACCAGCGAACAGAAUGUCUUGCCCAAAAUUAUGACUCUGCUGGUUCAACUACCCGAAAACCCCAAGACCAGAUAUGCCGCGACUCUGGUUCUGGGAAGAUACACUGAAUGGACCGCGAGACAUUCGAAUUUCUUGGAACCCCAACUUGAUUAUAUCAUCAAAGGCUUCCAACUGGCUGAUACUGAGGUGAACACUGCAGCCGCACAUGCUUUGAUGUACUUUUGUCAAGAUUGUUCGCAUCUGUUGAUCAACUAUUUGGAGCAGCUUUUCAACUUCUACAACAGCGUUUAUGCUUCAUUGGAUCUGAAGUCUCUCUACGAAGUGGCAGAUGGUAUCGGGCACAUUCUCAGAGAAGAGAAAAACAAAGAAACGCUGUACAAUAUCACAUUAAUGUUCUGGAAACCAACUUUGGAGACUUUGCAAGGGUUCUGUGACAAUAUACCGAAAGACAAAAAGACUCUGGAAGAGACUCACACAAAGAUAGCGGACACAAUCGAAGUCAUAAGUGCUUUUGUGAGGGUAUUGAAACCAAGAAACUCGCGCGACACUGAAGUUCCAGUAGCUAAGAUCAUUGUGGAGGUCUGUUGGCCAUUGGUGGCCAAGCUGCUAAGCAUUUACGGAGAAUCAGAGAGGGUCAGCGAACGUUGCUCCAAAUUUAUGAAGACCUCGAUGCAAAGUUUUAGUUUACACUUGAUUCCGGUGAUAUCUCAGACUGCGGAGCUAUUGGUGCAUGGGUUCGAAAAGUUUCACUACGGCUGUUACUUGUGGGUUUCUGGAAUAUUCAUCAGAGAGUAUUCAGAUGAAGUCGUUCCAGCAGAGAUACGCGAAUCUGUCUGGCAGUUUUCCAUUCAACAAUCGAGCAACUUCAUGAGGUUUUUGGAUGAGCGCAAGUCUAACCUGGCCAAUUAUCCCGACUUGGUUGAAGACUUCUUCAGGAUGGUGAGUGAUAUCCUGAUGUUCUUCCCAUUCAAAUUCGUUGAUUCCCCGUUGCUUACCUCGUCAUUUUCCACCGCACUUGCGGCGCUUUCUACUCUUACUCAGGUGGAUCCAAUAUCGAAUACGUUGGAAUUUUUGAUUGAUCUCUUUUCUUGGGGAUUUGAGACACCACCCAUUUCGUUCGUGGAUGAAGUUCCCGCUGAGGUUCAGCUAAAACUUCGCCAGUUCACCCUCCAGGUAGGACAGGAACUCACAACUGUGCUGAUGACGGGAUUGAUAUACUCAUUUCCAUAUGAUUGUGCUCCAGAUGCUUCUGAUUUACUCUCCAAGAUUAUCAAGCUCUCUGUGAGUCAGAACACACCUGAUGCCAAAGCUGGUCUCAUAUGGCUAGAUGGGUCUAUCCAGACUCUGCCGACUGGAUCUGUUAAUGAAAAAGAGCGACUCAAACUGCUGGCUACUGUUGAAACAGCUAUCAACUCCAAGGACUUCAGAAGGGUCAGAGCAAGUAUCCAUGACUUCGUGAAUUGGUACUCCAGGAAGAAUAUCAAUAGAAACAAUUAA